AUGUCUCCUAAGGUACUUCUGCUGUUGGGUCUGGCUGCCCUCGCGGCCGCGGACAAACUCCCCUCCUACUCAUACAAUGCUCCCCAGCUGGACUCCCUCGAGGACUCCGACGAGGCCGAGCCCCCCAAGUACGACUUCGCGUUCGGCGUGAAGGACGGCUACUCGGGCGCCGACUUCGCCCACCAGGAGGCCCGCGACGAGGACGAGACUCGAGGCUCCUACAGCGUGCAGCUCCCCGACGGCCGCCUGCAGAAGGUCACCUACUAUGUGGACGGCGACAACGGAUACGUGGCUGAGGUCACCUACGAAGGGGAGGCCAAGUUCCCUGACUCUGAGGAAUAUCGGGAGUCCUCAGAACGAAGCUAUGAAGCCCCAAGGCCCAGUUACGAAGCCCCGAGACCCACUUACGAAGCUCCGAGGCCCAGUUAUUCAGCCCCGAGGCCCCACUUCGGUUAA